CAUAUUGGAAUUAAUGCACACAAAAUUCGACCACUCAGCGUGCACCACGCGAUAAAUUUAUGCAUUUUUAUGCAGGCAAUGUGAGAAUUCUGUGCGGCGUCGAAGUAUUUGCAUGUGACCGGCGUAAAUGGUAAUAUCAAGAUGAAACUGAAAUUCAUACUCCUGACUCUCCUCCUCCUGGGGACCCUCACAUUCAUCCGUUGCCAAGACGAUGAAGAUGAAGAUGAUUUUGAUAGUGAGGACUUGGAUGUUCAAGUAGAGGAGGAGGAAGACGUUGAACCAAUUGAACAGGUGGAGUAUUCACCUCCGGAACCAACAGGUCCACAUAACCUUGCUGAACCGUUUGACAGUGCAGAUGUUCUUGGCACAAGAUGGAUUCCAUCCAAGGCUAAGAAGGACGGCGUCGAUGAAGACAUCUCAAAGUAUGACGGAAAGUGGGCCAUUGAAGAAGCAGAGACUUCCCCUCUUGCCGGAGACUUGGGACUUGUAUUGAAGUCCAAGGCCAAACAUCAUGCCAUAUCUGCCAAGUUGAACAAGCCUUUUGUUUUUGAAAAUGAACCAUUCAUUGUCCAAUAUGAGGUUAAGUUCCAGAACUCCCAUGAUUGUGGUGGUGCAUACGUGAAGCUCCUGACUGAUACGCCAGAUCUGUCUUUGGAUUCUGUAUUUGACAAAACACCAUACACCAUCAUGUUCGGACCUGAUAAAUGUGGUGCAGAUUCUAAGCUUCACUUCAUCUUCAGGCAUAAAAAUCCUAGUACUGGUGAAUUUCAGGAGAAGCAUGCCAAGAAGCCAACUGGUGCAUUCAGCCAUGUCUUUACUGACAAGAAGGCCCAUCUCUUCACUUUAGUGAUCAACACCGACAACACCUUCCAAGUUCUUGUCGAUCAGAAGGUCGUCAACUCUGGCAGUCUGCUUUCAGAUAUGAGUCCCCCUGUAAACCCACCUGCUGAGGUUGAGGAUCCUGAUGACAAGAAGCCAGCUGACUGGGAUGACAAGAAGAAGAUCCCUGAGCCUGGUGCAGAGAAGCCCGAGGAUUGGGAUGAAGAUGAACCCAAGGAGAUCGUUGAUGAGUCUGCGGUACAGCCCGAUGGAUGGCUCGAGGAUGAACCCGAGCUCAUGGACGACCCCGAUGCAGAGAAACCCGACGACUGGGAUGAUGAGAUGGAUGGAGAAUGGGAACCACCAAAGAUCAACAACGCGCUAUGUGAAGACGUCGGAUGUGGCGAAUGGAAGGCUCCCAUGGUGCCCAACCCAGAAUACAAGGGCAAGUGGAAGGCACCUUACAUUGAUAACCCUAACUACCAAGGGGAAUGGAAGCCCAGAGUGAUCCCUAAUCCAGACUUCUUUGAGGACCUAGAACCAUUCAAAAUGUCUCCUAUCGGAGCUGCUGCCCUUGAGCUAUGGUCAAUGAGUGAUAAGAUCUUGUUUGAUAACUUCAUCAUCACGACCGAUCGAGAGGUAGCUGACCAGUAUGCUGCUGAUAGCUUUGGUCUCAAGCGCAAGGAAGGAGUCGUUGCAUCAGCUGAGUCCUUCGUAUCAGGUCUAAUCGAUGCUGCCACUGAGAGACCAUGGCUGUGGGCUGUGUUUGCUCUCGUUGUUGUCAUCCCUCUCUUCUUCUGUAUAAGAUUCUGCUUAAAAUCGAAUCCAGAGGAGUAUGAAGUUAAGAAGAGGGAUGGAGCAACUCCAGACGAUGAGAGGGAAGGAGAAGAUGAGGAUGAAGAAGGAGAGAAGGCUGAAGAGGAGGAUGUAUCAGCGGAAGGAGAUGCCGUAGUGAGACAACGAAAGAAGACCACCAAGGCAGACCUAGAAGGUCCCACAGAACAGGCUGAGGAGGAGGCGGCACCAGAAGAAGCACCAGCACCAAAAGAAAAAGCCACCACACCCAAGAAGCCUAAGACGCGCUCAAGAAAGGAAUGAUGACGUCCUGUUGCCUAGCAACCCGUCAGUUUGCUGAGGAUAGCAUCUUCUCUUCUAGCAACAGGUGUCUAGUCAGUCAGCCUUCAUGAUGUCAACAUAAACAAAGGCAAUACACAAGUUUGUUUGUAAACUCGGUCGAGUGAGUCACAUAAUAAUAGUAUUCUGGAUUUAUAUAGCGCCUAAUGCAUCUACGAUACCUCUAAGCGCUUUACAGAUAUUACUAUUAACCCAGUCAUCAGAUAGACGCUUGCCUGCACACACUGUCCAAGGUCUAAACUGUCUCAGUGAUGGUUUAGAUGUUUUUCUUUUGCAGGCAAUUCUAAUUAUCUCUUUAGUGCACAAAUAAUCAUUAGAUUUUAAUGAAAAGUUUAUCCAAAUUAGUUACUUAACUAGUCAUUUGGUGCCAUUACUUUGUUUUUAAGCACAACUGCUACAGAGUUGUUGAUUAUUCAGUUGUGUGGUGGCAUUACAAAUUAGGGAAACCCCCAAAAUACAGAACAUCCUGUUGUAAUCACCCUGUCAGUAAACAAACAAAAACAACAACAGAAGAUGAUAUAUGAUUGACAUCAUGAAUGCUGGCUACUGUUGGACUUUCAUUGUAGUGUAGGGCUAGAGAUAGUUAGCCAGUGGAUUGUUUAUAUUCUGUUUUGUAGUAGCAAAUAUUUUCUAUCAACUUUUUGUUAUUUCUUUAAAUUUGAGUUUGAUUCCAGGAAUACUUGAUUGUUUCUAGCGCAUUUCCAUUCACACGCGAUCACGUUUAUUUCGCAAUAUGAGCUUUGUGUUCAUUCUUUCUUUAUUGAUUUUUUCAUUUUUUUGUUUGUUAAAAGGACUGUUGGUCUAUUUAUUAACAAACAAUUCAAUAGUGUAUAGACUCACAACGAAUCGCAGGACACAUGAACCAAUGAUUAGUUUGAUUCUGGACUAUUUGCUCUUUGGUCAUUAAUUGCAACAUUCUUUUGUUUUAAGUAGGUUCUUUGAUCUACAGUAAAUGAGAAAUGUAAAUCUGCUAGAGAACAUUUACAGAGUUAAUGAAUUGAAUAUUGAAAAUGUAAGGGAACUGUAUAGAAAAUAGUUUAGUUUCAUCCCCAUGACAUUUGUCUCGUGUGUAUAAGAGUUUCAAAUUCAUAUGAUAGAUAAUUAACAUUCGUAUUGUAUUUGUACCAAUUUUUGAAAAUGUCAAAAUUCUGUGGUGAUGAAUUUAUUUCAGAGUUAGAUAAUGGAUUGUUGGAUGAUGGAUUGAAUGAGAGAUUUUUAAAAAUAUAUAUGUUGGGGAUACACUGGCUUGUAUUUGAUUCCACUUGAUUUUUUUCUUCUUUCAUUUUUUUUCGUUGAUAUUUCUCCUUUUGUUUGGCGUUUCUUACAACAGAUAUAUACAGAUGAUACUAGCGGUUUUAGACAUAUACUAGAAUAAACAUGUAGUUAAUUACAAAUCUGUUUCAUUAUUAUUAUUAUAACUUUUUUAAAUAUUGUCAAGGAAAUGAAUGUUUGACUUUUAAGGUCUUAUGAUUUCAAGUUCUAUCAUUGUUGUUGUUACAGGAAAUACAUGCAUACAUCGAAAAGAUGCCGAUACUGCCCUAUUAUGUCAAGUGUUUUGGUUGUGUGUCUUUAAAAGAUGAAGAGAAAACAAGAUCUGCUCGACAUUCAUGUUUUGUAUGUCAAGAAGAAUUGCUUGUAACCAAGGAAUAACCUCCUCGUUGUAACUAGACUAUAGAUAUUCAACUCAUGUAGCUUAGGUUGUUAGAUCAUUGGAACCACCCAAGCGAGGAGUUGUUGUUUUUAGGUAGAAUGUUUUACUCUUUUGAAAUGGAUAAAAUGGUGCAUGAAGUUGAUACAUGAAAUGGAUACAUGGAUAUGAGAUACAUGAAUGUACUCGACAGUUGUGCUAAGGUGCUUACUUGCGGUUGCGGAUGUUGCAGUUAGUAGGAUAGAUGGAUAUAUUCUUUAAUAUCAUGUCUAAGAAUAUAUUCAUAUUGGCAAGAUUAUCCCCUUACCUCUAUAUGCCUACAUAAUUGAAGAUGAAUUUGAGAUUUUCGUUUAAAUGCUUCGUUUUGUAAAAUAACAACUGAUGGGGUUAGUUUGAUAAGAUUUAUUUUAAGUGAUAUUGAUGCGGUGAUUGAAGUUCUAGUGUAACAUUGGCUCUCAUCUUGACAAAAUAUGUUAAACAAUGCGUAAUGAUCUCUUUAAGCUGUAACAUUGUUGGUAUUUGUAAUGAUUUACUUUCUUGGACACGUUUCAGUUUCGGGUUGGUCUUAAAUGAGGUAGCAUGUUUGCUUUCGGGUGUCAGUCUCUCAAGCCAAAUUUUUGUGACUCAAAACUGCUAAAAAAAUUGGGUGUAUGUUUGUUAGUUUUUAAGAUGUUGACAGGAGUAGAACUUGGGUAGAUUUCCUUCAAAGUUGUAGAUUCCAUAUCGGGUUGUCCAAUCGUAUGAGUAAUUUAUGGUGUCUUUGCAUUCUUGGUUGGUGAUGGUGAUAAUGUAUUCGUUCACGUGGAGCAUAAAGACUCUUUUUCUCCUUGAUGCUGCAUGUUGAAGAGUGUCGUUUGGAAAAGACAUGGGGAAACAGAAAAUGGUGAUAAAGUGUUUGAGAAUGGUUCAAAGUAUUAUGAUUCGACAAAGCGCACAAUAUAUUUUCAGAGCUAUAGUUGCAUUGGUGUAUUGUGUUUCUUUCUGGACCACUGAGCAUGUUGCUCCAAUACAAAUCAAGAGGUCUGAGAAUCAUCAACCUGAAUUAUACAUGUCUUAACAGUUAUAGGAGUAGGAAAUAAAAUGUUACUGUUGACAAGUAAUUAUAUAAUGGGUGUAAUAUUUGAUAUUUCAUUGGUUCAUUCAUGAGAAUUUCUUGUUCUGACAUAAUAUCAUCUGUUGAGAGCCAGAAGGGCAUUAACUCUGCAUUAGACGUGAAGAGUUAGCACCCUUCUGCCUCUAAUCACACACGAUAUUAUAGUUCGUUUCAUCGUAAAGUGUUAUUUGCAUCUAUGAAAACCUUUUCAAAGCCAAAAUGAAUGUCAAUAUUUAUAUAUAUGUUGGUUGUUGUAUUUCAUCCCAGAAGUGGAAGGGAAAAAUAAUUCCUGUUUACUAUGCACUUGUUGAGCUUAAAAUCAAUAAUUAGAUUCCAUGGUGGGUGAAUAUUGUUUGUUAUCCAUGAAAGAAAAUGUACAUGUGAUUAAAUAUUCAAUUGAGGUUGAAUCUUUUCCCCUUAA